UAAGGAUCUGUCGUCAGGUCUGUUUUUGUUGUUGUUUGGUUUGUGGAGUAGCUGUAUGUUUUAGUCUGAAGAAAACCGCUUCUUUGGUUCCUUAACUGCAGCUCAUGUCAUCUUAAGGGGAAAGAUUUGCAUAAACCCGUCGUCCACUGUAGCUCCUCAUCAAUGAGCUGCUGUGAAUGGAGUGGCUUCAGGUGAGCGUCUCACAGGACUGUCCCAUGGAGAAGGUGACGUUCCAUAAUGUGGCCCAGAGUUAUAUUCCCCAGAGCCGUGUGGAGUGUCACUACACCCUAAGUCCUGCGCAUGCAUGGUCCUCUAAAGACUGGAUUGGCAUUUUCAAGGUUGGGUGGAAUUCUAUACGGGAUUACCACACCUUUGUGUGGUCGCAGGUUCCAGAUGGCUACCAAGAGGGGACGCCUGCUAAAUGCUGUGUCAAUUUUCAAGCCUUUUACUUGCCCAAGGGGAGCUCAGAGUCCUACCAGUUCUGCUACGUGGACAGCCAGGGUGAGGUAUGCUCAUGCAGCACCCCAUUCACCUUCAGUGCUCCUCAGACCCUCGAUGAGCUUGUGACCCUGGAAGGAGAGGAUGGAGUUGCCUCCGACAUGCUCUUCAUCAUUCCCAAAGCAGAGAUGUUACAGGGUCGUCUGGAGGAGUGCCAACAGGAGAAGAGCCAGCUGCUGGAGUCCAAUGCAGAGAUGAAGCAUGAGAUGGCAGAACUGCAGAUGAGGAGUGCUGAUCUGAAGAGAGCUCUGAGUUGGGCAGAAGGGCGUUACUCACUUCUGCUGGAGAAGUACCAGAAAGGUCUCCAAGACAAACAAGUGGUGACCUCUGAACGUGACAUCCUGAUCCAACAGCAGGCAGAGAACCAAAAGCAAAUUUGUGAACUGGAGGAAGACAUCAAAGUCAUCAGUGGGAAAGUGCUAGAGAAAGAAACGGAGCUGGACAGGAUGAAGGACCAUUUGAAGAAGGUGAUUCUCAUGCAGGAGGAGCAGGCCAAGAGCCUGGAAGGGGAGGAUCAGGACAAGGAGAGGCUGCAGGAACGAGCUGAGACCCUACAGGAGCAGGUGCGUGACCUCCAAGAUCAGCUGUCUGCCAGUCAACAGAAGGCUGAAGUGCUGGCUGAGGAGCUGGCCUCUGCCCUGUCUACAAGAGACCAUGCCACAUUGAAACUGAAGAAGACGCUGCUGUUGACGGCCGAGCUGAAUGCCCAGCUGGCAGACAGCACUCUGGCCUGGAAGGAGGGCCGAACCCAGUGGCUGCAGGAGAAGACAGUGCUGCUCAACAGCUUAGAGGUGGAAAAAGAGAAGAUCCUAAAUCUGAGCUGUGAGGUCCUUAAACUGGAAGAGUCACUUCAGAAAGAGCGAAUCGACAAGGAGAGGUUUAGACUUGAGCGUGACUGCAGCCUGGUGCAGCUUGGAGAUGCAAUGCAGACGGUCAAAGAACUCAAGUCCACCCUGGUUGCGAUUCAGAAAGAACGAGACCAGCUGGCUGUGGAGAAGGAGGAGCUGUUCGACUACAUGAGGAAGCUGGAGCAGAGGCUGGAGAAGAUGGCUGACUCCAAAUGGAGCGAAGUUGAGUCCAGCUGCGCCACCCGACCAAAUUCUCCCACUACUACAGACUCUGAGGAUGAGUUACCUGAAGAUGUUCGGCCUACUUGCCAGAGGAGGCCUUACAACCUGACAAUCGAAAAGGGGUCUUUCUGCGCACCGCCACCGCUACCCAGCAGGAUGCCCCAAGGGGGUGUGGUCAUCAGCCAGCCCACUGCAAUCUCCACCUCUCAAUCCAGCAACGAGAGGCAGGACCCAAAAUGGGAGUCGGAUUCCAGUGGAGACAAAGAGUGCUUGGUGUCCAAGGUGCCCAGCUCUGGAGGUGAGACUGCUGCACAGCUGUCUGAGACGACUUGUUCCAUAAUCAGGUAAUGAAAACCCAAAAUUCAGUACCUCUAGACUCCUGGUGUCCCACUCCACUCAGCUGAUUAACCCAAAACACCGACAAAGGGGUCCUGAGCCUUAAAAUGGUCUCUCAGUCUGGUUUAGUAGGCCACACAAUCAGACUGCUGACUUGACAGUUGUCCAGAAGACAGUCAUUGAGACCCUCGCUCCACAAGGAGGGGACACCACAAAAGGUCACUGCUAAAGAAGCUGGCUAUUCACAGAGUGCUGUAAGCCAAGCAGAUUAAUGGAAAGUGGAGUGGAAAGAGAAACGUGAGAGCAGAGAAAGGAGCACAAGCAACAGGGAUAAGCGCAGCCUGGAGAGGAUUGUGAAGAACUUGGGGGAGAUUAACAAGUAGUGGACUGCGGUUGGAGACAGUGCUUCAAGAGCCACCACACACAGACGUGUGUAUCGGGGACGUGGGCUACAACUGUCACAGCAUUCCUGGUGUCAACCAGAGACAACGUCAGAAGCGUCUUACCGGGGCUAAGGAGAAAACGGACUGGACUGUUAACAGCUCAGUGGUCCAAAGUCCUCUUUUCAGAUGAAAAGUCAAUCUUGCAUUUCAUUUGAAAAUCAAAUGGCGAGUGGAGCGGCACAGAAUCCAAGUUGCUUGAUGGUCCAGGGUGAAGUUUCCACAGUCAGUGAUGAUUUUGGGGAGCCAUGUCAUCUGCUGUUGUUUUAUUUAUCAAGUCCAAAGUCCGCACAGCCAGCCGUCUACCAGCAGAUUUCAGAGCACUUCAUGCACAUCUCUGCUGACGAACUUUAUGGAGAUGCUGAUUUCAUUUCCCAGCAGGACUUGGCACCUGCCCACACUGUCAAAAGUACCAAUAACCCAGUGUUGUGCAUGAACGAGUUCAAAAGAGCGCCUUCAUUGAAUAAGCUCAUUUUUCUAAGAAUGGUGAACUUAAUGUAACGUAUUUGCAAGUGAAGAACUUGAAUGUGAGCCAGUUUAGUUUUAGGUGACAUUCUGGAUCUGGUUUAGGUCCCGAUGAAAUGUUUUACCUUUUAUGUAGGGGGUGGAGCCAAAUCUAAAUAUAGUAUUCAGAUAAGCACAAAUAGUGGAUUUUUUAUUUAUUUGUAUUCGGAAAAAGUAACGUCAGAUCAAAUCGGCGCUGUCUGUGUCUGCCUGCUUGUGCUUAAGCUGCACCCCCAUUGACAUGAGCACGCGGUGAUGCUUCGCUUUCGCUUUUAGAAAAAACGUUGGACUUUGCGAGGCCACCUUAUAUUUUUCCCCGUUGGACAUGCAAUAUGUGACGUGAACUUUGAGCAGCGGCAAAAUAGGUUAGUUCACCACAGUCACCAUUUGUGUCACACAUUUGGAAACACAGUGGUAAUUUAUGUUUAUAACAGUACUUGCAUCCAUUUCAUUUCUUUUUUGACCCGGAGGAUAUUAGCAUAUAUGGUUAUAC